AUGAGGUCAAUACCCGGAUUUUACUACGAUGCCGAAAAGAAGAAAUACUUCAAGAUACAACCCGGUCAUACACCCCAAAGUCAAUGUGAGCCAAAAUACACCAAUUCUGAGAUAAAUAAACGCGAGAAACAGUCUCAAAAAAAGCGGCAAAAGGUCGCGCAUCAUGAACGUACACGGCUUGAAAGGGUGAAGAGGACGAAAAUGCUCUAUAACCCUAUGCUUGGCAUCCUUGGAGUUGAGCAGGAAGCAGGCAGAUGCAGAGUACUGAGUAAAGAUACCCUUAGCCAAAGAGCUAUGACGUGUGCCAAUCUUAUGGAGCGCCGGGAGCUGGUUAAUCUCAACCGUAGGGGAAGACAGUAUUGUCAUGAAUUUGCGCGGGAUCCGAAAACUGGAAUCAUACUUACCGCUCUGAAAGCUACGAGUACGUCUAAUUUUAGUGCGUUUCGGCCUCUAUCGUCCAAGAGGCCAUGGAAAUAUGACGAGCGUGUUGAUGAGGGCAUAAUCGAACUCAAUCACUGUGAUUGGGUUGGCAGUGUCGCUAUAAACACGGAAAGAUACGCACUCGUGGUGUCCCAGGGCCUUUUGUCCGGGAAAGGCACCGAUUUUGCUGUGUGCAAGCUCAUUGAGCCUGAUGAGAUAUAUGGCAGAAGCAGCAGAAGUGUGUUCCAGAAUUACUCGGUAUUUAAGCGGAAAAAUGCAAGCUUCUGUUCAGCCGCGGCCUAUCCAGGUGCCCAUUCAUGUUCAUUCAUAAUUGGGCACGGCAACGAGCUGAUGGUUGUGAGCUCUGCACAUGGAAUGCACUCGAUGGGUCGCUUUAAUGUCUAUCCAGCCGAUAUAAUGGCAGUUGACUGGAUAAGCAAUAGCGAAGUGAUUGUCGGUCUGCGGAAUUCAGCCGUAGCUCUAACGGACUGGCGGUGCGCUGCCUCGACUACACGACUGGUGCAUUCUCAUGGUGUGAAAAAACUGAAAAUGGUGGGCGACUCGAAGGUCCUCGUUGCCGGGUUUGAUAAUACGCUUGAUAUGUAUGAUCUGCGGUUCACACGAGCAGCUGUCCAACGUCAUCUAGAUCCAAAUAGCCGGAGUCACCGAUCUAGCACACCAUACCUUCGGUUCGGCGAGAUCAACUAUAACACACUCAAUGACUUGGAUGUUUCUGCUGAACUGGGGCUUGCGGCCUGUGCAACCGAUUUGUCGACAGUACAGCUUUACUCUUUAUAUACCGGCAAACUACUUGAAGCUUCCGCUACAUAUCCAAGCAGUCCCCGAUGCGCAGGGGAUUUAUUAUCUCGAAAUUACUUGAACCCGAUUGACUGCGUGCGCUUUGAAACAGUUGUCGAGCCGUAUGAGUAUGGGAAAUCGACACAAAUAAGUGAUGGCCGCAAUAAUACCCGUGCUACUACUUUAUUGGUUGGAUCUAGCGAAAUUAUAGAAGAGUGGAGUAUGUAG